CAGUCAGUCACCACUAUUGCCACGUUUGACAAGAAAAUUUAUCAUAACUCUUCGUAAUCAUGAAAAUGUUUUUUCAUUGGGAUGUUAAUGAGGGACCGAUUCUCUUCGAAUGGUGGCGUACAACAAAUUCAAUUGGAAUAAUUAGUUCAAUGAUUGGAAUCAUAAUUUUUGCAGCACUUCAUGAAGGAAUUAAAAAUUAUCGUGAGCAUUUAUUUUUAAAAGCAAAUAUUUUGAGUCAAACAAAUCGUGGAAAAAAAAGUCAAAUUGAAGCAAUGUUUUGUGGAUUUCAUAUAUAUCAAACAAUAAUACACAUGAUACAAUUUACUUGUGGUUAUAUUCUGAUGUUUAUAUUUAUGUCUUUCAAUAUUUGGUUGGGUAUUGCUGUUGUAUUUGGUUCUGGUUUUGGCUAUUGGCUUUUUGCCUGGAAUAAAUUUACAAAUGAAAAUACAGAUUGUUGCAGAUAGACUAUCCAAAAGAAAAUAAAAAAACACUUGUUAUAUUAAAACUGCCAAAAACAUUCCAACAAUCGUCUAGAGUUUGUAAAUAUUUUAUUUCAAUGAUUAAUAUUUUUUUCAAAAAAGCA